AGCUAAAAUCUUUUAAGGCUUUAGGCACAGACCAAAAAUAUAAUAAAAUAAAAAAAUAAGAAAAGGGAAAACGAUGUCGUUUCAAAACUGCUAAUGAAAACGGUUAUGAGCGGGUAAUGACUUAUGAAAAAUUGGGUGGCAAUGGCAAUGGCAUGCAUGGAUUUUGGUUUGGAGAAUGUCCGGCAUUGAUGUACAAUUCUCCCAACUAAGCCAAUUCACCUUUCUUUUCUUCUUCCAUUUUUGCUCAUCUUCAACAGGGUUAAACUUCUCCUGGAGAAAAUGGGGAAUCGACUAAAGGAAGACGAUAGAAUCGAAAAGACGAUUCAGGGCCUUCUCAAACUUCCUCAGAAUCGAAAAUGCAUCAAUUGCAAUAAUUUGGGACCACAAUAUGUUUGCACAACUUUCUCCACAUUUGUAUGUACCAACUGUAGUGGAGUACAUCGUGAGUUUACUCACCGGGUAAAAUCAAUAUCAAUGGCAAAAUUUACUGCAGAAGAAGUUAGUGCACUUCAGGCUGGUGGGAAUGAGCGAGCAAAGCAAAUAUAUUUCAAAGAUUGGGAUUCUCAUCGUUGUUCCUUUCCUGAUGGCAGUAACAUUCACAGACUUCGGGACUUUAUUAAGCAUGUAUACUUGGAUAGGAAAUAUACUGGAGAGAGGAGUACUGGACUACCAAGACUUAGAUUGAGUGACAAACAUGCCUCCAGUGAAAGUAGGAAGGUUAAUAAUUGUGGUGCCGAAUACAGGAGUUGUCAUGAUGAGGACAAGUUUCAACGGACUUAUACUGAAAAAUCCAAUCAUCUAGGAAAAUCUGAUGACAGAAACAUCAAGUAUUACUAUGACGAAAGGCAAAGUCCUCAGUACUCGAGAGAAAAUUCAAGACAUGGAGGUUAUAGAAAAAGUCCUGUUCGCUUUGAGGUUGUUGAUGACAGGUUCAGGGAUGAGGGAUUUGGAAACCGCAGGCUCUCAACUGGAGAUUCCAAGUUACCAAACAGAAAGGGGACCAUGCAUGGUUCUUGCUCCCCUGUUGCACGUCCUAUGAGAGAGAUAUUAGGGGAGAAUGUUCCUACUCUACAGGUUGGUGAGAAAAUGAAAGAAAGUAAUGGGAAUCAUGCUGAUGGUUCUGCUAAAAUUCAAGAAUCCAACCCAGUGGAGAAAGAAAAUGGAAAUUUACAAAGCUUGAUUGAUUUUAGUACUGAAUUGGAAAACCCGGAUACUGCAGCCAUGUCACAAACUCAGCAAGCAUCUCCACUCAAUACUAGUAGCAGCUCACCAUCAUUUCAAACAUCAGUAAAAGAGAAUCCAUCUGAGGCUCCAAGUGCAAACACUUUGGAAAGUUUAUUAUUUGCCUUGUCAGUUCCCUCAGCUGAGGAUGUCACAUUACAAACACCUGACAAUGAUAUUCUCUCAACCAAUAUUCCAAAUCACUCUUCUAAUGAUGAUUUGCCACAAGCUGCUAGUAGCAGCGGCACCGUUGUCCAAGUUACUGACAAUUGGCCAUUUGAGAGUAUGUUGCAGCAUCGACCUUCUUCAUUGCUUACUGCCGGAAGUGACUCUUUUUCACAGCAGGCUAUGAUAUCAAAUGAAGGUCCAAAAAAUGAGUCUAGUUUUUCAUCUUUUCCCAAUAAUGCCCAACGAUCUUUACUCGUCAGUGCUGAACAAUCUUCUGAAGCUUUACCAAGAGCAGUGCAGGAUGCCAACAAUGUAGGUGAAAACCAACUUGUUGAAACAAGUUCUAGAAUUAGAAAGGAGCUACCGGAGGACCUUUUCACUGCAAGCUACUCAGUGAUGGCUACACCAGUUUCAGCCUGGCAAAUUCGUCCACCUCACGAAAUGGGUUUUAACUAUUUUCAUAACACAAUGCCUGCACAAGCAAAAUCAACUAAUCCAUUUGACAUCAGUGAUGAAGGAAGUCAGUUGAAGACACCUCAAUUAACAGCCAAUGCUUCCAUGAUGCCUCCACAGUCACACUCCAUCGAUUCCACCUUAUCUCCUUGUACGUUCACUGGGCAACAAGUGCGUAAUAAUAUACAAUUUGCCAGCAGACCACAAGGAAUUGGUAGCUUUGGAGUUGAGGGGACUCUUGUUGGCUCCAUAAACAUAACUCAGCAACCAAAUGUUAUAUACCCAACAACUGAUAACACUCCACAAUCUUCUUUAAUAGGAAGAAACCCAUUUGGGUAGAUAUCUGCAAUCUGAAGGUUGUUGAAGGUCAUGACCAUGACUGAUGACAAAACAAAGCAGAAAGCUAUGGAAGCUGCAGCUGAUAUUUUUGGUAUAUUUUUGUUGAAAUUGUGUUGACUCAUUUCCUGGUAAUGAAUUGGUGUCAUCAGGAGUUGAUUCAAUAGCAACAGAUAUAAAGGAUCAGAAGCUAACAGUAAUGGUGAAGAAGUUGAAAAAAGUAGGGAAAGUUGAUAUAAUAUCAGUUGGAUUGGUACUGUAGAUUGCUCCUACUGGAAAGGAGUAAGUUGUAAUAAAAAUACCAGGCAUAAUGAAUAUGCAUGUUACUAUUCUGAGCAAUUAUAUACAUUUGAGGUUAAUACUUGUUUGCUUAAGUUGAAACAUGUGCAAUAAUUGGAGUUGGUUAUUUGAAUGAAAAACAUUUGU